GCCUCGGGUCCAGUUGGCACCGCGGCGCCGCCGGGUUCAGACGUGUGCUGUGUUUGUUAAGUGUUUGUGUGGACGUGCGUUCGGGAAUAUUUUGAGAGCCGAACAUCAUGACCGAAUGCUACCAGUGAACAAAACAAAUUAGUGAAUUUUGAACUUGUGUGUAAUAAACUAGUGAUUUCAAAAUGGAGGUCAAAUCUCAUCUCAUCGCAGCAGCUGUUAUUUUGGUGUUCGCGCUAUCCUGGGUCGAUGGGGCAAGGGACGCAUCCUGUCCCCGGAUCUGUGGGCCAGCGUUACAGGGGGAGCCAGUUUGCGCGACUGAUGGGUACAUCUACCCAUCGCUUUGUGAGAUGAGGAAGAAGACUUGUGGCAAAGGAGUACGAUUAGCACCCGACCAAGGCUCAUGCUCCCGCGCACAAGGCUCCAAAUGUGACCACAGAUGUACCUCUGAGAGGGACCCGGUGUGUGGCACUAAUGGAAGAACUUAUCUCAAUAGAUGUAUGCUACAAGUCGAAAUCUGCAGAGUGGGCAUCGGGCUCUCCCAUCUAGGCGCUUGUAACAACAUCAGUGCGCAUCGAGAGAACUGCCCCGUGGACUGCUCGCAGGCGCCGCUCGAUGGGCCUAUUUGUGGGUCUGACGGGAAUGUGUAUAAGAGCACCUGUCAGAUGAAGCUUUUGACUUGUGGGCAAGGUGUGGUACGAACAAACAAGAAACACUGUCAAACGACGCGACAUUGCCGGGAGUCGUGCUGGAGGGUCGCACGACCGACUUGCGGCUCUGAUGGUAAACUGUACGCAAACGCUUGCAGGAUGAAGGCUACUAACUGUGGUAAGCACGUGUUCGAAGUGCCCAUGGCAUUCUGCGUAUCACAAGAACGAACCUCAGGAGGCGAAUACUGUCCCACCGACUGUUCUGACCAGAAGGAGAAGCUGGUGUGCGGUUCUGAUGAGAACAUCUACAGGAACGAGUGUGAAAUGAAGAUGCUGAAUUGUGGCGUCAACAGCAGGAAGAUAGUCAAGAAGGUAGACAUGGAGAAAUGCAAGUCGAAAAUAAGCAAAUGCAUGAAAGUGAAGUGCCCCAGUGAACCGGACCCGGUGUGCGGGACUGAUGCUAAUGUGUACACCAACCCUUGCUUCUUGAAGGUCGCUACUUGCCUCAAAGGAGUACAACUUGCUCACUUUGGUAACUGCACGCUUCUCCCGCGACUCGAAACCGAUUGCCCUGAAAACUGCGACAAUGUGGUCGACCAGCCUGUCUGCGGUUCUGAUGGCAAUGUAUACAAAUCGGAAUGUGAGCUUCGCCGGGCCACUUGCGGCCAGCACGUAGUGGCGGUGUCCGUGUCCCACUGCCGUACCACUGCCCUCUGUCAUGGCGACUGUCCAGAUACACCAGCGUUCGUGUGCGGGUCUGAUAACCGGUUUUAUAAGAACGAGUGUAUUAUGAAGAAGGAGAAUUGCGGGAAACACGUAUUCGUAGUACCACUAAAACGUUGCCUAGCGCGGUUCCAAUACGCGGGCUGCGCGCGUGUGUGCCCGCCGGAGUACGAUCCCGUGUGCGGUACGGACGACAAGACGUACUCUAACUCUUGCUUCUUGGAGAUGGAGAAUUGUAGAUCGAGAAGCCUCGUUCAACUCAAACAUCUAGGCACAUGUACUGAACCCAUCGCUGAGGAACCGAAGAACUAUCUAUAUCGAUAAAUUCAUCAAAUUGUGUAUCGCAUCAGUCAUGCAUUGCUUCCAAUGGGUCAACCAUUUUACAAUUAGUGCCAAUUCUUAUAUAGUGAAAUAAAUAUACUUUAUUCUUUACCUGAUGGGAGGUAAAUAAAUACCAUCGUGGCUAAAAUAAUUAAAAAUAGUGUAAUUCAAAUAAGUUUUUUUAGGGAUAUCAUUGUUUGAAAUCAUAAAAGUUGAAUAAUAGGACUUAGUUAUUUUUCACCUUUGAAUUAUUAGGUACACAAUAUUGAAUGUCUUUUAGAUAACGCAAAAAAUUAUAAAAAUAAUAUUGCUAGAUUAUGAAAUUAACUCAACACAUGACGAUAUUAUUUACCUCUCAUAUAGAAAUAUAAUGUCUUCCAUUUGUGUCUGUAGAUUAUUUAUUAAGUACAAAAAUAUUUUCAAUUUAAAAAUCAGCUCCAUCUCUUGGAUUGUGGGUUGAAUUAUAUGAAUAGAAUUUGGCGCGUUUUUUGAAAUUCUUUUGAGAUUUUAUUACUUCGCUCUCAAUUUUAUGUGGUUGUACUGUCUUCUUAAUCAUUGAAAAAUUGUUUUUUUUUCUUAGUUAUUAGAAACAUACAAGGCAUGUAGCUAUCUCAAAUAGUUAGCAUAAUAAAUCCGGAAGGUUCUAGACUCUAUACUCAUUUGAAGGUUACUAUAGACCUACCCAUAGACUAACUAAUCCACAGAGCGAAGUAUAGGUAGUCAUAGACUCUGCUAUAUCAGAAAUUAAACUUAAACCAUAGUAUAAAAAGAGAAGUAGGCCAACUCCUGGCGUUUAGGAGCGCACGGUACCGGUACACGGCGUUGUGUGCGUGUUCCGUACAUGAACUGGGGGUAAGGCCAUACAAACGACGCGAUAUUCAUUUGUUCGAAAAUAAUAUACUUCUCUCUUUUUACUAUGCUUAAACUUACUAAAAAAAUCUCGCAAUUUCCUUGCCAUUUCACGAACAAAUUACAUAACUCAACGCUAUGGGAUUUCAAUGUUUAACGUAGCAAUGGAAACUAAUUUAUGGCAUUAGAUAAGUGUAUUAUAAGGCUAAGUUCUGACUGUUUAUUUAUUGUUCUAAUUUAUUAUAUAAUUAGUUAGUAUUUGUACAUAAAUAAGGGAUGUUUCCACUGGUCAUUAUAAAGGGUGUUUUACAAUGAACAGUGGGAAAAUAUUGCAUUUAAAAAUCGCAUUUCACUUCAAUAUUAUAAUUGAGUAUGUAAACCAUAAAGUGUAAACAUAAUAAUCUCUGUACCGAUGUUUUAUAAACAAAUAAAUGGUAAAACUGA